GUGCUCCAUGGUGACCCAGGAGAUGGAUAACUACGAGCCGUGCAUCUACACCAAGCGCGUGCUGGAAGCAGUCACCGUGCUCAGGGAUCAAGUGAUGUCAAAAUUCGCGGUGCGCGUGGACGCGGCCGUGUCUGCUCUGGGAGGAGGCGCCGGUUUGGAUGAAAACGAGUUUAUCGACGCGUCCCGUCUGGUGUAUGACGGCGUGAGGGAGAUACGGCGCGCCGUGCUGAUGAACCGGACGAGCGACGAUCUCGACACAGACACGGAGUUCGAACCCGUCGAAGACAUGACCAUGGAGACUAGAAGCCGAUCGAGCGCGCACACCGGGGAACACGGUGUGGACGAGUACCCUGACAUCAGCGGCAUCACCAACGCUAGGGAAGCCAUGCGAAAGAUGACAGAGGAAGACAAACGCAAGAUCCUGCAGCAAGUGGAGCUGUUCCGCCGCGAGAAGAUGACGUUCGACAACGAGGUCGGCAAGUGGGACGACGCGGGCAACGACAUCAUCACGCUCGCCAAGCACAUGUGCAUGAUCAUGCUCGAGAUGACGGACUUCACCAGGGGCCGCGGUCCUCUGAAAACCACCAUGGACGUCAUCAACGCAGCCAAGAAGAUCUCCGAGGCUGGCACCAAGCUGGACAAACUCACUAGGGAGAUCGCUGAACAGUGCCCAGAAUCUUCCACGAAGCAAGACUUACUGGCGUACCUGCAGCGUAUCGCCUUAUACUGCCACCAGAUACAGAUCACCAGCAAAGUGAAGGCUGACGUGCAGAAUAUCUCCGGAGAGCUCAUCGUUAGCGGGCUCGACAGCGCUACGUCUCUCAUCCAAGCGGCCAAGAACUUGAUGAAUGCCGUCGUGCUCACGGUGAAGGCGUCCUACGUCGCUUCUACCAAGUACACGAGGCAGGGAACCAUCGCUUCCCCAAUAGUGGUGUGGCGCAUGAAAGCCCCAGAGAAGAAGCCCCUCGUGCGUCCUGAGAAGCCCGAGGAGGUCCGCGCCAAGGUGCGCCGCGGCAGCCAGAAGAAACAACCAAGCCCCGUGCACGCGCUGGCAGAGUUCCAAUCACCGGCCGAGAGCGUUUAAUGUGGGGAAGCUGACAUUCACCACGCAUCAGCAUCACGAAGUAGAAAAUUAUAAGCAUUUGUUCAACAUUAAGCUCAUAUUUAUAUUCCAAAAGUGUGAUUUUCUUUUAAUGUAUUGGAAAAAUAUUUUUUACAUUUUUAUUCAUUAUUAUUUAAUCUUAUUUCGAUGGGAAAUAUGUAAUCACAUACCUGUUACUUUUUAUAUGUUCUCUAUUAACACAAAUAGUCAAUGCGGACAUUAUAUUAAAAUUAACAACAAGAAAUCGGCAGACACAGCUCAAUCUGAACAUAUCGAAAAUGAUAAUUGUUUCAGAAUUAUUUUGACAAUAACUUAAGUACUUACUAAAAUAAUACACACUUUUAACAUUUGCAUUGACUAUCUGUGUCCGAACAUUAAGUAAAAUAAAUAACAUUCAUGAUACUAUAAAGAAAGGUUUAAAAGAACUUUAACACUUGGUUAAAAAGUAUUAAAAUUGAGGUUAAUUUUGUUUCACACAGAUACAUUUUUAAACCACACUUAGUGAACCACUCCUCCUCGUGUGAGACUUAAACGCACCACUUCAGGAUAAGAGCUAUUAAAAUCCCGCUCUACCAACUAAGCUAUCGAGUCUCACCCGAAGCUCAAACUUUUUUUUAAUAUUUUUAUACUCGUUUGAUUAUAUAUUUCUCAUCCCGUAGUUUAAGUAUGGUUUGCGUUUGUAACAGAUACAAGGAAGCCAUCAAUGAUUGUGUGACGCCUAACGUACAAUAAGGCAGCCAAAUGUAGGUCCGGUAGUUUUAUAUCCCGUAGGUAAAUCAUACUUUUCACCGUUAUAACAAAAUCUAGAAAUAUUCGAAACGAGUGAUAUUCGAAAAGAAAUUCAAAACGAGUGGCGAUACAUUAAAACACGAACGUAGAGAUCGAGUUGCGAAUGACUUAUUCGCACAUGUAAUAUAUCUGUGCUGUAAUAUAGCGCCAUAUGUAUUGUAGUGCUUUAUGAAAACUCAUUUUUACUAUUUCAUUGGGGUAGGUACUAUUUAAAUGACCAUAAAAACACAACUACUUAUAGAAUUUCAGAAAAAAACAUAUUUUUACGUGCGUUAACAAACAUUUUGGGGCCUUUUUUUGAAAUUCUUAGAUGGCCUAAAUUAUAUUAUUUUUUGACACUUUUUUUUCUCUUAUGAAUAUAGCAAAAGUUAGUCCUAUACAUUGUGCCCCUUUCUAAUGCUCAUAAGUGUUUUUGUUUUAACGGUGUCAAGUUUGUAGCAUAUAUUAUAUAACUAUGAAUUAACGAAUGUAACGAAAAGUAUUAAAAUUAACAUUAAUGUAUAAGAAAGAGCUGUUCGUUUAUUUGUUACGACAAAUUAUUUAUAUUUUAUCAUUAAGUUAGUUAAGCAAUUACUAACAUUUUGUUUAAUAUGUCUUACUUGCAAGUUAAUUUUUUUCGGUUUUACCUUAAGUUUAACAAUGACAAAUUUUCUUAACCUAUUCUUAAAGGAUCGCUAUCCAUUGCAUUAACUGCUUACUUUGACAGCUGGUGUAGAUGGCGCUGUAAAACUACAGUAACAUUAGUUUACUUAAAAUCCAAUGAUAUGCAUGCCACUUAAUAUGGCGCAGUAAAGCGCCAUCUAUUUUAGCUGACAAACAAGGAACAAGAGAAUUUCUAUACUCAAAAAUAAAUGCAAACGCAAUGAUGCAGCAUAUAUCUAUGUAUUAUUUUACAUACCUUACUGUUUUUUUUUAUAUUUCAUGAGAUUUUCUAUUGACAAUACACUAAAAUAAUGCUACUUUUCUAAGUAGGGAUAUAAUCAUUUAUAUUGUAUUGUUUAGUUUUAAGGGCAGCUCUCAAAAUUUACUAUCAGAACUUAGAUAUAUGUAUAAGUAAGAAAUACAUAGCAAUACUUUAUAUACCUUGUACUUUAUGUAACCGAUUCUUAUUUAAUAUCAUUUGAAGUACAUAUUUAACCUUUUAUUAAAGAAAUUUUCUUUCUUUCUUUUCUUGUAGGUACAUAUAUAACCAGUACUUACCGCGACAGUAAAUUGUUAAGUUUAACCCUUAAAUGCAUAGUGAUGUAUAUAUGCAUCAUUCAUUUUUGACUCUAUUGGCAGCAUGUCAAAAUUCAAAUUUGAAUAAAUCUUUGUCAAGGUCAUGCAUUUAAGGAUUAAUAUUUGAAUUUAAUAUCGGAAUUAAAAUUCAUAUCAAUAAAAACCAUAUACAUGAAGAUGUAAUUUACGAAAAGGUUAAAUUUGUACAUCUAUAUGUUUUAUUUUUUUUUACUUAAAAGACGUCCGAAUAUAUAACCGAAAUAUUUUUCGCCAUUUUUUUAGUUUUUUUCCGUAGAAUAUUUAACUUGCAAUUUAUUGUUAAAACAAUAUUAAAUAUGUAUUCUUGCCACAUACACAAGUAAAUCGGACGUCAGUUUAUAUAAAUUAAUAUCACUAUUAGACUUAAACAAUGUACUCGUUGUACCCUCUAUAUCCCAAAAAACAUGUGCAUGCGAGUUUUGAAAGGGUUUUUUGAUACACAUGAGAGUAAGUUAAAUCUCGAGUUUGCAAUAUUCUUAAACCUUGAGCUACAAGCAAUGUUUUGCAUCGCACUUGCAAUAUAAAAAAAGUUUAAAUAAUGUACUAGAAAUUUCAUAAUUCCCUGGGGAGUAGGAUUUUUUUAUAACUCCCGCUCCGCCUGCGUGCAUUUGCACAUUUACUGUGGGAGUGUGAUGAAAAAUUUGUUUUAUGGACAAGCUUAAAAAAAAUCAACACUGAACCGCUGUCAAAAUUCGUAGUAAAUCAGUAGAACUAUUAUUUACUAGCUUUUGCCCGCGGCUUCGCUCGCGUUAGAAA